GGCACAGCGCCCACGUGACACCGCGGGGUGGGACAAAGUCCAUAGGGCACCAUGCUCUGCUCUGCUGCUGCUGCUGUUCUCCUGCUGCUGGCGGUGCUCAGCGCCCGCACCCAAGCAGUCUCACCUCCAGCCCUCCUCCCACGCCACAUCUCCUCGUUGAUCCCAAUCCUACAAUCCCUGGAGGUCGAUGACACCCAGGACAUCCCAUCCCUGGUGCGGGCGCUGGGGGGCUGCGGGACCCCCGUGUGCCACACACUGCUUGGAGACCCCCCUCCCACCCCAAAGCCCAUCCCCGAGCUCUGGACGCUGCUCGCCCACCUCCUCCACCCCACCACCACCGCAGAGCACGGCCUGGCGUUGGCACCCGACGGUUCCACCGUUGCGUUGGCACCGCUCUUCGCCGGCAUCGAAGUGGGGCUGAAGAGGGCAGCGGGGGGGCCCGGCCCCAUUGAUCAACCCGACUGGGCUGCUCUGGAUGCUCUCUACGCCGUCACCAUCGCCGAAGCUCUUGGGACAUCCUUCCUCAUGGCCCGGCUCAACGGGACGGCCGCCCUGGGACCCGAUGGCUGUUGGGAUGAUGUGGACAACCCACAAAACUUCACCCCGUCGGGUCCCCCGUCGCUCGUCCCCGACGCUGUCGCCAACGGGGCGAUGGAUGGGGUGCUGUUGGGCACACGCUUGGCUGAAGAACCCAUCCCACUCUCCGUCCUAUUCCGGAGAUAUUAUGGUGUGGAGAAUGGGAUCAUAAGAGGGUGGCCUCACAGCAGCCGCCGGCGUCAGGAUUUCGGGGCGCUGACGGCAGUGGGGAAGUUGGAGGAGGAAGUGGUGGCGAUGCUGAGGGUACUGAGGGGGCUGUCACCCACCCGUGAGCUCCUGGAGGAAUUUGGGGAGGAGGAGGAGGCGGGCAUCGCUCAUCGGGCAGCACGGGAGUUCAUGGAAGUCUAUGUUGAGUGCCCAGCCAUCAUCCCCCGCUGCAUGUGGGGCGCCCGUCCCUAUCGGGGCACCCCCAGCCCCUUGUCCCCACCUUUGGGUUCCAUCUACAUCCACCACACCUUCGUGCCCAGCGCCCCAUGCCGCUCCUUCGCCGCUUGCGCCCGCGACAUGCGCUCCAUGCAGCUCUUCCACCAGGACACCCGUGGCUGGGAUGACAUCGGCUACAGUGAGGAUUGGCCCCAUGGGUGCUGGUCCGCGUGGGUGCUGCGAAGGUUGGAUCCCGGUCUGCAUGGAUGGUGGUCUGAUGGGGGACAGACGGACGCCGUAAGAACUCGAUCCCAAUGAUUCCAAUCUGCGUGGAGCCUGGCCCAUGAGGAUGCCAACCCAAUGAAGUCAGACCACGUGGACCCCAGGCUGCGUGGACAACAACCCAAUGGAUAUCAGACCAGACGGACCCUGGUCUGUACAGAUCCCAACCCAAUGAAUUCCAGAUCAGAAGUUCCCCAGUCCGCAUGGAGCCCAACUCAGUGAUGUCAGAACAGAUGGACUCUGCUCCAUAUGGACUCCAACCCAACGAAUUCCAGACCGGAAGGAUCCCAAUCCACGUGGACCCCGACCCAAGGAUGCCAGACCGGGACACCAGUCUCCAGAACGGGGUGGACCAGUCCUGGCUUGCUCCCAACAGACCAUGGCCCAUGGCCUCAAACAUCCCAUAAUAAAGUCAGGAUAGCUGCUUGGGGUGACC